UUUUAGUUUGACUUAUCCAUCAUAUUUUUUACGUUGAUACCGAUGGGCCACCAUAGAAGUGUUAAGUGCAGAAGAGAAGUGUCAAAAUACUGAAGAGAAGUGUCAAAAUACAGAAGAGAAGUGUUUCGUUAUAUAGAAGAGAAGUGAUUUUGAUUUGGAAGAGAAGUGAGCCAUAGGGGCCAUCGUACUAAAUAGAACUUUCAAAAAAUACCGAACGUAAAUAAAAACACAUGGCUCUGUUAAACUAUAAGAAUAAAUGCUGAAAGUCAGUGAACAACUCUAAAACUGCUAGGAUAUGAUGAUUAGAAGCACAUGGAAUAGGUUGCAGUUUAAAUACAAACUUAGGGCGCUUUUUCACUCAACAGCAGAUAGAUCAUCAAGAUAUUGUACACAUUAUGAUGUUGUUAUUGUUGGUGGUGGUGUCAUGGGAUCAUCGUCUGCAUAUUUUUUAAAAAACAAAGCACCAUCAAUGAAAAUUGCUAUCAUUGAAAAGGACACAAUAUAUACACAAGCCUCAAGCGCACUUUCAGCAUCAUCCUUUCGACAACAAUUUUCAAUCUCAGAAAAUAUUAGAUUAUCCCAAUGGAGUCAUGAGUUUAUGAAAAACAUUCAGCAUUAUCUAAGCGUUGAUGGACAGGAUAAACCUGAUGUUUGCAUUCAUGAAAGUUCUUAUAUGUUUUUAGCAUCGAAACAUACUAUUGACAUUUUGGAGGAAAAUUGUGCUUUGCAAAGGAGCUGUGGUGCCAAUAUUAAUUGUAUUCCUGCACAUGGGUUAAGUGAGCACUUUGAUUGGUUGAAUGUGGAUGGAGUUUGUGCUGGGAGUUUUUGUGAAGACGGACGUGAGGGUUGGUUCGAUGCUUGGUCUCUGUUAACUUCCUUUCAAAAAAAAGCUGUUAGUUUAGGUGUAGAAUAUAUUCAAGGAGAAUGUGUUCAGUUAAAUAUCGACUCAAAAGUAUCCAGUGUUAAAAUUCGACGCGAAAAAGAUGAAAGACAAAUUCAUUGUUCAAAUUUCAUAAACGCAGCCGGUCCAUGGGCUGGUUAUUUAAUGGAGAAAGUUGGUAUUCCUCUUCCCGUUUUCCCGCGUAAGCGAUAUAUAUUUGUAAUCGAUUGUCCAAAAGGACCAGGAAGAAGCAUGCCAAUGUUGGUUGAUACGACAGGGGUGUAUUGUAGGCCUGAUGGAAAUGGAACAUUAUAUAUAUGUGGACAAAGUCCAAGUGAGGAUAAAGAACCAGACAUUUCCAAUCUUGAAGUUGAUUACGAUUAUUUUUAUGAGACGAUAUGGCCGGCUUUAGCUUAUAGAGUUCCAUCUAUGGAAGAAUUGAAGUUGAAGCAUUCAUGGGCUGGAUAUUAUGAUUACAAUACUCUGGAUCAAAACGGAAUAAUCGGACCACACUCCGAAGUUGAAAAUUUAUAUUUUGUAAAUGGGUUCAGUGGUCACGGAAUUCAACAGUCGCCUGCCGUUGGAAACGCUAUUAGUGAAGUUUUGCUAGAUGGUCAAUAUACAGAGAUCGAUUUGUCAAAGUUUGGUUAUCAACGAAUUCUAAAUAAUGAACCAGUGUUUGAAAUUAAUGUGGUAUAGAAUUACGCGAGUUGCUUGUCAGUAUGUACUCGAGAUUGGCGAGUCCUUCGGUUUUGUUUAGCAAAUGACCAGUCAAUAUCAGUCUUUAGUCUUGGUUAACCCUAUUUAUACUCGGCCUACUCGGCAUACACUAUUCUACAAGGCAACGUUUUUUAUAUAAAAAAAAAAAAUCCCAUUUUAGGAGUUACCAUGGCAGCGGCGUUGUCAUAGGUGAAAACAAAGUGGGGUUUUCUAAUUACUUUGUGUUUUCUGUUGGAGGUGGUAUUAAUUGACUUCACUUACUGACAAUGUAUUUUUAUAUUCAUUAAACUCUAAGGAAAUGAUAUUAUUAAAAAUUAGCCUUAUAAUUAUUAUAAAAUCAUGCUCAAGGUGACGUAGCUCACUAAAACUCACUAAAAUUUUCGUUUCUUCUUAUGUGAUGUAAGAACAAAUAUUUCAGAUUUUGUGUGUGUGUGAAUGCUGUGUGCAAGCAACACAUAUAUAAUAUCUGUGAUAUAUGCAGUGAUGAAUAAGGGUAUAUGUAUUUUUUUUCCAAAAAUACAAUUCUCGUGUUUUCUAAAAAAACGUUUUUAUUAUUCUGAAAAAUACGCUAAUUAGGCAUUAAUCCUCAAGUAAUUGAGGGCAUAACUCACCUUCAGCAUUGUUCCAAAUAUUAAUUAUAUUAUUAAUGAUUAAAGAGGAGUUAUUUACAGAUCAAAACCUACGCGCAAAACAAUUUCUAUGGCUUGUAAUAAAUACCAAAAAUAGGCUAAAUUAUAGGGAAAAUGAUGACGUCACACCACAAAUGCUCACGUCAGCAAAAAAUUUUUUCGUCAUUAGUUUUCUUUUAUGUGGAACAACAUUUAUGGUACAUUUUAUCAACAGAACUUAAGCCAAUCAAAAGUUAUUUGAGGUGGUGAAAUCCACACCCACCCCCCACCCCCAAGGAUAUUUAAUACUCCAAAACCCCAAUAUAAAUAGGGUUAAACGAAUAUUUUUUAAUUCAUUGGAACAAAUUUAGAACCUAGAUUUAUUGCAUCACUAGGCAAACAAAUAUUUUUUAUCCCAUUAUAAUACAUAUUUAUAUAGAGUUUUUUUUUUAUAUUUUUCAUUUAUUUUGAACGUUAGAUUGAAUAUUUCCCAUCAUGGUAGGUUUACUUUUUAAUCUCUAUCAUCCUCUUUCGUGAUAAUUUUCAAUGUUGAUAAACAGAUAAAAGAAAGGUCUACAAUUAAGAACAUGUGUACUGAAAUAAGUUCUUUAAAAGGAGCACAUUUAUACCAAAAGAUUGUGCGAAAGAGAGCUUUUACGCUCUACUCUUAUAAUGUAUAGGCAACGUUGACGUAACAAAUAUGACAGAUAUACAAUUUUUUACUGGUCACCACUGUUGUACUUUACAGAAAGUUUGCAGAGAGUUUGUAGAGAGUUUGCAGAGAGUUUGCAGAGAUUUUGCAGAGAGUUGACAAAGAGUUUGCAGAAAGUUUGUAGAGGGUUUACAGAGAGUUUGCAGGAAGUUUGCAGAGUGUUUGCAGAACCUAUUCCUUGCUUUGAGUGCUUUUUACCUGGGUACGAUUAUUGACAGUAACUCUAGGUUAACAGACGCAGAAGAACUCUUAAAAGAAGAUAAUCCUGAAAUGAUAGAAGAACUGUAUCGAUUUUCUAAAGAAGCAAUAGAAAGAAGAAAAAACGAAGAUUGAAAAGGAACUUGUAAAUUAAUUUUGUAAUGAUUAUUUUGCCCACUAAGAUGGAGUUGUUCGAUUUAAAUAAAUAAUAAAAACUUGUUAUCCAG